AUGAGUCAGCAGGCCCUGCUGGGUUUGCCGCUAGCAUUGGUUGGUGGCCUGCCUGAAUCCCUGUCCACCCAAGCAAGGUUGGGGGCAGCCCAGGGCCGGCCGUGGGCUGGACCCCAGGUCCCUACACAGUUCCUGUGGGAGGUGUCUCUGUCCCUCUGCCAACCCAGUGGUGACAGCGGUGGGUCCUUCAUAGUGGUGCAACAGUCUCCCCUGUACGCAAUCAUCCCCGAGGGAGGCUCCAUCAACAUCACCUGCACCACCAGAGGAGCACCUCUGUAUGGGAUCUUCCUGAAGCAGAGCUGGCCACGUGUGGCCAAUGUGAUUUACUAUUCGGAUGGGAAGGAGUCUACAGUGGACAAACGCUUCUCGGGCCGCAUUGACUUCUUGGGGUCCCAGAACAACCUGACCAUCACCAUGCACCUCCUGCAGCUGAACGACUCUGCCAUCUACAGUUGCCAUGCCAUCAUGGAAAAAGAAGUUCAGGGCUCAGGCACCAUGGUUGCGGUGACAGAAAAACUGUCCCAAGGAGAAAGCAGACCCCAGAAACUUCAGGUGACAUUAGUCGCUCUCCUGACUGGCCUUCCUGUGGGCUUUUUCCUCACUGGGCUAAUCCUCGGGGUGCUGUGUACACUGAAGAAGACACAGAUCAAGAAACUGUGCACCUCCAGGGAUAAGAACUCACGGUGCGUGGUGGUGUAUGAGGACAUGUCCUACAGCAACCGCAACACCCCAUGUGCCCCCAACCAGUACCACUGAGGCCCUCUGCCCCCACACUAUCUCACCAUAGCUUGUAAUGGGCCUGCUAACCCACUGAGCCCCUCUGCCCCCACACUAUCUCACCAUAGCUUGUAAUGGGCCUGCUAACCCACUGAGCCCAGCUCCCCAGUACUUUGUGCAGGCCACUCAAGUGCCCCUUUGGUACUUCUGAGUGGACAGGGCUCCUCCUCCAAAAAGCCUUCCCCAAAGGCCUUUGGCUGCCUCCAGGUGGCCCCGAUGGUGCUGCCAUCAGGGACAAAGCUUGGCAAAGGCAUGUGAUACCACCUGGCGUGGGGGGGGGCAGGAGGAGGCUCCACCC